AUGUCUCUUGAACACCCGAGUCGCGCCUCGUCAUCUCGGAGUGAACAAGCCCGGCCGGCCCCCGGAGGAUCCGCACCGGCCGCUCGGAGCAACACAAACCACAGCAACAACAGCGAGAUCAACACCGGGAUGCCCGCCCGGAUUCUGUCCGCAUGCGAUGCAUGCCGGCAGUCCAAGGUCAAGUGCACCGGGGGCAAUCCGUGCCUCAGCUGCCAAUGGGACCAAAAAACGUGUAACUACAGUCCCGGCAGCCGUUUAGGCCGCCCCAAGGGCAGCAAGAACAAGCGCACCCUGUUGCAGCAGCAGAGCAUGAAUCUGGCCAACAAGGAUCGCACACCCGAGGCGCAGAAGGAGCCGUCAUCCAGCAAGAGCGACAGUGCCGAUGUCAUGCAAUGGAUCGACUCCGUUCAGCACCACCACCAACAACACCAAGGCCAGCCUGGUCUGCUGCCGCUCGCACACCCUCCGGCAAUGGAUCUGACCGCCUUCGACUUCAAUCUGGAUCACAUGUUUGACACGACCAUUGAGUUUGCCGAGAUGGAGAGCCACGGGGGCGAUGCGAGCCGCGACCUGGUUCUGGACUUGGACCUAGCGGCCGACCUGAUGGACAUGGACGCACUUGGCAACGCCGACGCGCAGACUUCACGCACGCUCCUCAGCUGCAAUACGGCCCAUUCAGGGGCAUUCCGCGCCUUCACUCCUAGCGCCACCACCUCUACCGCUGACCCUUUCAGCACCCUCUUCUCUACCAGCUGUCCCACGGACCCGGCGCUGACCACCUUCCCCAGCGGGAGUGGGGGCGGCGGCUCGCCUGCCUCACCGCUCAGCCCACCACCCUCGGCCAUCUCCACCACCACGGGUGCUGCUGCUCCUCCCGCAGUACCAUCUAACCCUCCCCCCGGCCCUAGCAGCAACUGCACCUGCUUACCGCGCCUCGUGCGACUGCUCUACCACCUCGAGGGGUUACGGUAUACACCCAGCUCCGGCGGUAGCGGCGAACUCAGCAGAAGCGGGCAGGGCGGGGCCGGGUUGGGAGGGUUACGCGACGACCCGUCGGCAGACUCGAUUCUGCGGGGCGUGCAGGCGGCCAAGACGCCGUGGAAGUCGUUGAUGCACUGCAGCAGCAGCAGCAGCAGCAGCAGUAGCAGCAGCGCGUCGUCGACGUCGCCACGGCACGGUGGUCAAGGGCAAGGAGCCGGGGAGGGGGAGAACGUGAUCGUGGUGCUGGACGAGAGCCACCGCGAGGCGUUCCUGCUCUUCGCCAUGAGCAUCCGCAUCCUGCUGUCGUCAGUGCAGCGGCUCAACAGCGCCGUGAUGGGCGGCUCGGGCAGUCCGCCUCCGCCUCUGCCGACGGGGAUGCAGUCGUGUCCGCCGCAUGCUCAUCAUCAUCAUCACCAUCACCAUAGCUACCACCAUCACCCCGGUGGUGAUGUGGCUGUGUCGGUGGGCAGCUUUGAGCUGACGGGUGAGGCCAAGGCCGAAAUUAUUGGCGUCGUCAUCCGCCGCGCGUUGUGGGCGAUUGGCAUUGCGCUGCAGCACCUGUGGGAGCGUGCCGGUCGGCCGGUGGUAGGUGGUGGCGUCGGCGACGGGAAUAAUGGUGGUGGAGGUGGUGGUGACAAUGUGAAGGGUACUGCUAGUGACGGGCCCAUGAGCCCGAUGGCAAUCCUGACGGCCGCGGCUGCAAAGGAGGCGUCAGCGCCGUCGUCGUCGCCGGUUGUUGCGCAGCAGUCGCACCCCCAGCAGCGUGCGAGGGCGAUCAGCACGCCGACAUCGCCCACAGCAGGUCGCUUUGAAGCCGUGGAUGAGUGUAUUGUUGCCCUGUUGGUGACGCUGCAGUGUACUAUGAAGGCGCUCGAGCAGGAGGGCCAGGGCGUAGGCGGCGUGCCAGAGCAGAAGCCAUCCCCUUAUUCUCCUCUUUAG